AGAGCAGAGUUCAGCAGAGAAGUCGUCGAUUACCUGUCUUGUCUAUGAUCUUUGGUCAAAAAUACAAUCAAUUUUUAUGUUUUUGUGCCGUCUUGGAAGCUUGAUAAGUAAAUUUAUCUAAACUUGGAAGUAUCACGUAUUAAUACUAUCUAUUCUGAUCUAUUAGGAUUCAUAUACAAAAACUAUGGUGGUAUUCUGAGUGUAUUGUAUCUAUGAGAAUCGAAAACAAUAAUCCAGGAAAACUUACGUUCUUAAACAGUAAAACUUAAUAAUACAAUCCUUCUAACAUGGAAGAAUGCGAAAUCGAAAUCCUCAGUACUAAUGAGAAUGUAGAAGAGGUCUGCCAAAUAUUACAGAACUUCCUGAAAAAAAAUGAAAAUGCUUUUACUUUCCCUAACUUGGCAGAAAAGAAUCAAAGAGCUUUGUUAUGGACAGCUUUGUUUCAACGUUUACAAGACAAGUCUUCGGGAUCAGCCCAUGCUCUUUGCUUAGCAGCAAUAAGAGUAUUAAGCCGAGACAAAACUGAUCUGGAAAACUUGAUCUGUGAAAAAUGGAUAACAACACUCAUAGAAAGAGCAGGCUUGUAUAAUUUCGAGGCUCUUGAUGAAGAGGCCAUGGUGCCACUGGAGGUAAUGGAGAAGGAUGUUGCAGUUGAGGCAUUAAAAUGUCUUUGCAACCUGACAUUCAACAGUGAAGUGGCCCGAGCUCUCUGUGCCCAUACAUCCAUAGCUCAGGGACUAGUGGCCCGGCUGAGGAUCUACAGAGACAUGCCCUUCAAGGAAGAAAUCAUGCUGUUUGACUUGAAAUUACUUUUCAUCCUAACUGCUCUGAGGCAUGAUAUAAAAAAUAAAAUAAAAGAUGAGCUUCAUGGUAUGGAAUACUUGAUUAAUUGUCUGGGGGAAAUAUUAACAGAAGCUUCUAAUGCUGACGACCAGGCUUCAAGUAGUAGUGGCUUGGUUGAUGGGGCCCACCACUGUUUUCUACAGGACAACCAACAAGCCAUAGUCUGUGAGAUUCUCAAGACCCAGUUCAAUUUGAUCCUGCAAUCUGGUUCUGAGGAACCAACAGAUGAGGAGGAGGAGGCUAUGUAUCUGAAACUAAUGCCAGUGAUGACUGCCCUCCUCUAUGCACAUACAUCCACUGAGGAGAAACUCAUGGAGUUGCGCAGUAAUAUUGCUAAUUUGCUUACAAGUGUUCCACCAAUGUUUUACCCCUACUUGACUCCAGAGCUAGCUAAGGGAGAAAGAGCUCAAUAUGAGUUUGAUGGGAGGAAUAUGGAUGCAUUACAAGCUCUCAUUCUACUGUUACAAUACAGGCUAACAAUAACUACAGGCACCAAAAAUCAGUAUGAAAACCUGUCACCAAUACUGACAGUGUUGAACAAGAGUUCGCGUGGAUGUCGUUCCCAGAGGAAGUACCUACGUCAGGUGGUGUUGCCGCCCCUUCGUGACGUGUCCCGUCCCCCCGAGAAAGGCAACACAUUGAGGAACCAGCUCUGCAGGCUCCUAACCACACCUGUCACGUCAGUCAGGGACUUGGUUGCCGAGUUUCUAUUUAUCCUGUGUAAAGAAAAAGUGGGCCGGAUGGUGAAGUACACUGGUUUCGGCAAUGCCGCCGGUCACCUUGCACAGAAAGGGCUUCUAAGCGGCGGCCGAACUGGCGACUACUCGUCUAGCAGUGACGACUCGGACACCGAGGAAUAUUUGGAGGCACAGCCGAACAUUGACCCCGUCGUGGGGUGCACUCGACCUCCUCGCAUUAACCCCUUUGAAGGAAUGAGUGAUGAACAGAAAGAAUAUGAGGCGAUGAAGUUGGUGAAUCUAUUCGACAAGAUGGUGACUGAAGGCGUGAUGAAGCCGGCGCGUAUCGGCCCGGACGGUCGACCGCAAGCCGUGGAGCAUGUGCUUGAGCUAAGGGAACAUCCGCCGAAUAGACCACAGUCCUAAAGAAACGGGAUAACAACGUAAAGGACUUCAACAUGCGGUACCUUGUCGUAUAUUUGAUGCACUAAGUAUAGGCAACAACAGGACUAUGGCGACGUCAAUCGAACGAAUCCUGCUGUUGAUUCGGAUCGUGCAUUAAAAUUCGAAAAUAUCUGCCCCAAAGAUGAAUACCUAAAUUAAUUUAUUCAUCUGGAUCUGGAUGACGUCAGAAAUGCGUUUGUAAGGAAUUUUCAAAUUCAAUAUUCUUGUAUGGCCAAAGUGAGAAUGGGAAACAAGGGUUGCAACUACUUCCAAUUAGAUAUUCGAUUGAAUUAGGCAUAGAUUAGACAUUUGGGAUUAUAGUGCAUGUUUGAAUAAAUAGGUUUCUUCAAGUUAGUAUUUUGAUCUUCGAUUUACAUUGAAUAGUGGGUAGAGUUUAAAGGAAUUUUUACAUAGUAAGAGAAAUAUAUUUUUAUUGUAUUGAGGUUUGGUGUAGCGAGGUUUUUGGCGAACAAAUGAAAGCUAAGUCAUGUGGGAUGCGAAGGUAUGCAAUAUCAAGGAUCAUGUAGAUUAGUUUGUAAAGUAGCGUAAUAAUUGCCAGCCUAGCCUUAACCAAUCUGAUUGUACGGAGCAGGCUGUUACUGCCGUUACUAGAGCUGCCUUAAGUUCGAUGAAUAUACUUCUACGAUUUUUUAAACUCUGUGUAAUGUAUUCGUUAUUUGUAAGUAGACUUAUUGUGUGAUAUCAUUAAACAAAUUACAUAUUUAUUUUAUUUAAAGCGGGCCAUUUCAAUAUCAUAUAGAUUACAGUGUUCAUAUUGGGAAUUAUAAGUAAAAAAAUUCUAGAUAGAUUCCUAUUGAUUGCAUGUUGUAACUAGACAACCUAGGGACCUGUAGUGGCCUAAGUCGUCAUAUAUUUUGUGCCAUUAGUACUAAGUAGAAUACAUGAUUGCGUUACUUAUGUAUUUGUAAUUACCAAAGUAUUUCUUUAUAACUCCUUAGUGCAAUAUAGCUUGUUAAUAUAACGCGUAUUACAUUAAAGCUUGGAUUUAAAUGAACACCUGACAUCGAUUAAAAUGUUCUAAAAUGUAUUAGAAUUUUUGAAGAUUCAUUCGAUAUAUUCAAAUAUUUCGUAGGAAUAAAUCAGUAAUUAGUAGGAUAUUUAAGUAUUUUAUUGUAACAAAAAUCUGUUAAUAUUAUGUUUUUUGAAUGUAAUGUUAUUACAAUUUUAAUGUUUGGUAUUUAUUUAUUAAUGAAAUAAAUCUAUUUAGAAAGUAAA